AUGCUUAAUUCAACUCAUUUUCUCAUUUCAGGAUCUCUUUCCCAGCUCAAUGUAUGUGGUCGUCCACCCUUAAACACCCGUGUUGUUGGUGGACAGAAUGCCUCAGCAGGGGCGUGGCCAUGGCAGGUUAGUAUACAGCACCCUGUAUAUAAUGGUCAUUUCUGUGGAGGAUCCCUUAUCAACAAAGACUGGGUUUUGACAGCAGCCCACUGUUUCUCAAGCACUAACACUUCUGGUCUCACUGUGUAUUUGGGGAAACAGACUUUAAAUGGCUCUAAUCCCAAUCAAAUUUCAAGAGGUGUUAAACAGGUUAUCCUUCACCCCAACUACAACAGUGCAACCCAAAACAAUGACAUCGUUCUUCUGCUUCUGAGCUCCUCCGUCACCUUCACAAACUACAUCAGACCAGUGUGUCUCGCCGCUCAAAGUAGUAAUUUUCCAGCUGGAACCAAUUGCUGGGUCACAGGCUGGGGAAACAUUGCAUCUGGAGUGCGAUUGCCAUCUCCUGGUGCACUGCAGGAGGCAAGGGUGCCCAUUAUAAAUACAUGUCACUGUGAUUAUCUACUGGGAUCAGGAUCCAUUACCAAAAAUAUGAUCUGUGCUGGUUAUCUCCAAGGAGGCACAGACACCUGCCAGGGGGAUUCUGGAGGUCCAAUGGUAACUAAGAAGGGUACAGUCUGGGUUCAGGCUGGUAUCACUAGCUGGGGUAAUGGCUGUGCUCUGGCCAGAAAUCCUGGUGUGUAUACUCGGAUGUCCCAGUACCAGAUCUGGAUAACCAGUGUCAUCAAACAUAAUCUGCCUGGCUUUGUCAAGUAUUAAUACAGUGGGAGGACCAGUCACAAUACUAGUGGACAGAUAGAAUGAAAAUACUUUUAAA